CUCCAAGCGACGGAUCCGCAACACCAGGAACAUCCGCAAUAAUGGUGGCACGUGCGGGGCGCAGCCGUUUCUUUGCCUGCCUUGGGCUGCUGAUACUAAUGGUAGGCUUCGUCACCAUGUUCCACAACUCCCAGCAACAGCUAGACGAGUUGCGGCAGCUAGGAUUACGGUGCGAGCAGCAACAGAAAUCGGUUCAGGCUCAGAUGGAAGUGAUCGUCGAUCAGAAGCUACGGCUGGAGAACUCACUCGAAUCGGAACGCAUGAUAAACGAAGCCAAUCGAAAGGAACUGAAGCAAAAGGCAAAGGAAGAACAGGAAGAGCACAGCAAAUCUUCGAUGGAAGCCAACAUUCGGUACGCUUCCCUGCAGCAACAGUGCAACCUGGUCAAGAGCCAGCUCGGUGAUCUGACGGAAGAGUGCAGCCGCAGUAAGAAACAGCAGUCAGAGGAGAUUAAUUCGCUACGGCUGAAGGUUUCGGAGCUGCAGGGAAAGGUACAACGGUACAAACAGGAGUCAGCCAACGAUGCAGAACAUUUGAAGGCACAAAUUGUACAACUUAAGAGUGAUAAGCUCAACCUGGAGGCAACCUUACGCCGGCAGCUCAGCGAGAAAGAUCAUGUGAUCGAGAAGAUGCGUGAUCUGGCGACGAAAAUGGAGAAAGAAAAUGCACAAUACCUCGAGAACUGCAAGCUACCGGUGGGCCAGGUUCCACAGCAACAUCACCGCUAUCGAGACGUCCUGGAAGCACUAUCCAAGGAUGCGGCAGCAAAUGCACAUCCAGCGGUGCACCACAAUUUCAACGAGCAGUUAUCCGUGAGUGAUAAUUUGUACCGCAUACCGGUAGCAUUAAAAGCGCGCCACUUUGCUGCUAGCCCGGUCAACCUAUGGGGGGCUAGCUCUACCACGGUAUCUAUCGGUCUAUUGCCCUCAACCUCCAUUCCUUCCUCUUACGCUACUAACAUCAAACAGUCCGGCGGUAUGGAUGUGCCGCAGGCAUCUGAAGAACAAGAAACGCGCGUCAUUGCGAACCCGUUCGAGGCCGUACCCCGUGUCGACCCGGAAGCGGUGCCGAUCCGGACGCGAACUAACCCCGCGGAUGGUUCUCCGUUACAUCCGGCACUCGAUGGUGGUAUCAUUAAUUCUGUGGAAAAUUUUCAGAUCAUUCCCAAACCGCUCCCGGCGGUUGCCGCUCCGGAAGGUGCACAGGCCAACAACGUGCUCCAGGAACCACACCUGAUGAAGACUUCCACGUCCGUCUCGACCAGCGAGAAGCGAUCUGCAUCGGAUCGUAAUCUGCAGCUUCCAAUUUUGGCCGCACCGACCGUAAUGCCCGGUCCAUCGCUAGAGCACUCCAGCAAGCGUAACCACAAAGGCGAGGAUGGAGGUGGAGGAACGCUCUCGGCGAGCAGCGGCAAAAGCAGCAGCAGCACAACUACUUCCACCACUACUAACGCAUCGAUAAGAAAGGCGGCCGGUGCAGCACCCAACCGCUCAGUAGGAUCAGCGGCACGAAAAACUCUAAGCAAUCGGCACACGAAACAGGUCCCAGUUGGAAUCGUACCAUUCCCCGACAUCAUGCCAGACCUGGAGCAAAACAUUAGCGAAAACAUCCUCGACAAUCGAUACGCAAAUGUGGCCGCCGCCGCUGCUGCUUCGGGAGGAUUGACGGGAGGGGCUCAUGCCGCUGGAGGGGAUCCCGCCAGUUCUAAAAAAGGGGCCGUUGAUAAGCAGCGACGACAUGGUGGAGCCGAUUUGAACUUUCUUCACGGGGGUGGAAAUAAUCCAGCGGAUGACAAUGGUGCACACGAGGUACAUGAUAUGGAACAGCGCCUCCUAAAACAUCCGCCUGGUGGAGGGUUAGGGUCACUGGACGGUGAGCGUAGGGUGGUGGAUGCUAGAGGUCCCGUUGCAGCCGUCGACGAUGAUCAACUAGGCAUGGGUAACGAGAACAACCUGAAUGCGGCCGAGGAGGAUACGAAUCUGUACGAUAACGGAAACGAUGGCGGGCUUGGUAACAAGUCACCACCGUUUGGCGGUGACCAUCAGCAACACCAUCUCGAUUACAAUGAUGUGAUGGUGCCGGGGCACGGUAUCGGUCUGCAGCAUAUCGGCUCAAAGCGGCGCGAUGGGGCCCCUGGCGGCGGCGGUGGCAUUGACAGCAAGGGCGUCAUCAUAGAUCGGUUGGGCGAUAAGCUUAUCAACGAAAUUGCCCACGAUCACGGUAAGGAAGGAGAUAAUUAUCCGAACGAGAUGGAAGAUCUGCAUCUAGUCGGAAACGAAGCCGAAGAAGAGGAUGUGAGUGAUUACGAUGAUCCAACGGCACUGAAACAAGGACAUGCCGAACGCAACUAG